CGCCGAGGUGCAAGGAAGGGAACUUUUGACCGGGGCAGCGCCGCGAGCUCAGCUGCUCCGUGCCGUACCCGCGCGGAAUCACCUCCCCAGCACUUUUUUUUUUUUUUUUUACUGGUGCUAUUAAAGUAGAUCUGUAUUUUUUGUCCCUGCGAGCCGACGAAGGCAGAAUUACACAACAGGGCAGACAUCUUUGACCUUUCCCGUAUUCCUCUCCCCUCUUUCUGCGUUUUUUCCUCUGGUGCAGCAGCCGGAAAAGCCCCAGCACUUUGCAUUCAACCCGGGCCUUUUUGAAGCCCACCCUGCGCUCGGACACCGCCUGCAUGGGCACGGCGUGUAACGGGCAGAUCCGAAGGCGACCGGCCGAGUUCAUCUUGACAAUAGAGGGUGGGGACGUGGCACCGUCCUUGCCGUGCUCGGGCCGUGGGGUGUCCCGGGGACGCGGGGCUGGAGGAGCGCACCCACUGGGAUGCAGCCCGGCAGCACGUUUUGCCCCGCAGACGCAGGUCUCGCCGGAGGACGGCCAGCAGCCGGCCCCGCCGCACACCACGGAGGAACCGCCAGCGUCCCCCCACGAGUCCACCGUGCCAGGGCAGGCAGCCUGCACCAUGAGCCUGGAGAAAGCCGGGGGCCGGUUUUGCAGCGGGAAGCGUGCCGGCCUGCCGGCCCAGCGGCCCUUCCCCGUCAUCCAGAAGGUGGUGGCAUCCAUGGCGCACCUGCAGGAGGACAAGCUGCGGCUGCAGGAGGAGCUGCUGGCUCUGCAGGAGAAACUGGCCGCCCGCGAGAGCGAGGAGCUCGCCGUCUCCGUCCAGCUGCGAGGGCAGGUUGAAAACUUGAAGGCGAACCUCCGGGAGCAGGCGCAGGAGAUCGGCAGGCUGCGCUCCGAGAUGGGCGGCACGGACGCGGAGAAGCACCGGGACCUGCUGGCAGCUGAGAACGAGCGGCUGCGGCAGGAGAUGAAGGCGCGCGAGGGGGAGCUGAGGGAGCUGCGGCGGCAGCAGGCGGCGUGCCGGGACUGCGCCCACCUCCAGGAGAACGCCGGGCUGCAGGAGCGGCUGUGCCAGCUGCAGCGGGAGAUGGAGGAGGCCCGAGCCAAGCUGGCGGAGCUGGAGCUGGAGGUGCAGCAGAAGACGAACCGCCUGGCUGAGGUGGAGCUGCGGCUCAAGGACUCGCUGGCCGAGAGAGCGCAGGAGGAGGAGCGGCUCAGCCGGCGGCUGCGGGACAGCCAGGAGACCAUCGCCAGCCUCAGGGCCCAGCCCCAGCAGAUAAAGUACGUCAUCAAGACGGUGGAGGUGGAGUCGGCCAAGGCGAAGCAGGCCCUGUGCGAGAGCCAGUCCCGAAACCAGUACCUGCAGGAGCAGGUGGGGAUGCAGAGGCAGGUGCUGAAGGAGAUGGAGCAGCAGCUGCAGAGCUCCCAGAAGACGGCAGCUCAGCUCCGGGCACAGAUUGCCAUGUACGAAUCCGAGCUGGAGCGGGCCCACGGGCAGAUGCUGGAGGAGAUGCAGGCGAUGGAGGACGAGAAGAACCGUGCCAUCGAAGAGGCGUUUUCCCGCGCCCAAGUGGAGAUGAAGGCAGUGCACGAGAACCUGGCGGGCGUGCGGACCAACCUGCUGACGCUGCAGCCCGCGCUGCGCACCCUCACCCACGACUACAACAGCCUGAAGCGGCAGGUGCGGGACUUCCCCCUGCUCCUCCAGGAGACCCUGCGGAGCGCCAGGGCCGAGAUCGGGCAAGCCAUCGAGGAGGUGAACAGCACCAACCGGGAGCUGCUGCGCAAGUACCGGCGGGAGCUGCAGCUGCGCAAGAAGUGCCACAACGAGCUGGUGCGGCUGAAAGGAAACAUCCGCGUCUUCGGGAGAGUCCGCCCCAUCACGAAGGAGGACGGCGAGGGCCCGGAGGCGGUCAGCGCGGUGACGUUCGAUGCGGAUGACGACGCCGUCCUGCACCUCCUGCACAAGGGGAAGCAGGUGUCCUUUGAGCUGGACAAGGUCUUUCCCCCACAAGCGUCCCAGGAGGAGGUGUUUCAAGAGGUUCAGGCCCUGGUCACCUCCUGCAUCGAUGGCUACAACGUCUGCAUUUUUGCCUACGGACAGACAGGGGCUGGGAAGACAUACACAAUGGAGGGAACCUCCACAAACCCGGGCAUCAACCAGCGGGCCCUGCAGCUGCUCUUCUCCGAGGUGCGGAGCAAGGCAGCCGACUGGGACUACGCCAUCAGCGUCAGCGUGGCCGAGAUCUACAACGAGGCGCUCAGGGACCUGCUGGGAAAGGAGCCCCAGGAGAAGCUGGAGAUCAAGCUGUGCCCCGACGGCAGCGGGCAGCUCUACGUGCCUGGGCUGACUGAGUUCAGCGUGCAGAGCGUGGAGGACAUCAACAAGGUCUUCGAGUUCGGCCACGUCAACCGCGUGACGGAGUGCACCAACCUGAACGAGCACAGCUCCCGCUCCCACGCGCUGCUCAUCGUCACCGUCCGCGGCCUGGACCGCAGCACGGGGCUGCGCACCACUGGGAAGCUGAACCUGGUGGACCUGGCGGGCUCGGAGCGCGUCGGGCGCUCGGGCGCGGAGGGCAGCCGGCUGCGCGAGGCACAGUACAUCAACAGGUCGCUGUCGGCGCUGGGGGACGUCAUCUACGCGCUGCGCUCUCGCCAGGGCCACGUGCCCUUCCGCAACUCCAAGCUGACCUACCUGCUGCAGGACUCGCUCAGCGGGGACAGCAAGACCCUCAUGAUGGUGCAGGUGUCCCCCGCCGAGAAGAACAGCAGCGAGACGUUGUGCUCCCUGAAGUUCGCCGAGCGCGUCCGCUCCGUGGAGCUGGGCCCCGUGUCCCGCAAGGCCGAGCUGGUGUCCUGGCCCAGCCAGGAGCAGCUGGAGGGUGACUUGCCGGGAUCCUCCAGCCGGGGCCACGCGUCCCCCAGCCCUGGGCUGCCCAGCGGCCGCGCCAACUCCAUCCGCAGGAAGCUGCAGACCUCAGGUGGGUGCGGGCACGGGGGUCCCGCUCCGUGCUCCCGGAGCGCCCAACCCGUGGCUUUUGUCAUAGGAGGCUUCCAGCCCACUGCUGCAAGGCAAAGCUGUGUGUGGAGCGAGCUGUGCUGUAAUCAGCUCAUUAACCGCUGGCUAAUUGGCUGGCGGGAGCCUGGUUAGGGCUUCCCCUGAAGUGCCCCGUCCCAGCGCAGGGCAGUGCGGGGCCAUUUGGGGCAAAGCAGCUGGGGCUGCACGUGGGGGCAGCCAGGGAGCGAUGCUGCAGGGCAGUGCCCGCAGCUGAACCUCUCUUCUCUUCGAUUUCAGCCUGAAUUAGGGGCAGCCGUGGCUGCCAGGUGAGUGCGUGCGGCCGGGAGCCGGUGAAGGGCUCUGCUUCAGCCCCGCUUCCCAGGCAGGGAGGUGUGUGGGGCUGUGCUGCUCACAGGGGUGCUGCUGGGACCGGAUCGCUUGGGGCCUCGAGCUGUGGCAGCUGUGCGCCUUGCCCGGCCUGAUGCAUGCGUGUCUGUGUCCCCGCAGGGAAGCUGAGGCCGGUUCCUGUGUGACACGCGCCGCAGGACCCAGCCCCUCGCCCACCUGGGUGCCCUGGCUGCAUUUGGAGCUGUGCCCGGGGGUGGUGGCACCCCCUCCUGCCACGGCACCUCUCCCCGUGAGACACACAGCUCUGUGACUUCUAGUUCUUGCUGGACGGAUGGCUUUAGCCAGAGCACGGAGCCUGUCCACCUCUUCAGCUUUGUUUUUAGGACAGUUGGGGCAUGCAGCUGGAAGGAUCCAGGGCUGUGCACAAAGGGGGGCUGCACACCCCCACCUCAACUGCGCUGCGGACACCAUUGCUGCAGGAGCCUGGCGCAGAGCAGCGGGCACCUGGACGAGGUUUGGGUUGGUGGGGCUGUGUCCAGUUCCCUGCCACAAGGUCCUGCUCCACCCCUUGCCCUCCCCCCCCACCCCUUGGCCUCUUUUGGAGCAGCACAGCCCAGAUCUGUAGCCAGAAAAACCCCAGCAGCUCCUUUCCCUGUUGGUUUCUCAUGCCCCAUUGCACGAAGGCGCCUCGGUGCUGCUGCAUGCACCCUGCUCCCUGCCCCAAAGGGAGAGCAGCUGCAGGGCUGCCCCUGUGGCACCAGCAGGGGCUUUGCAGUCUUGAAGGAAGCUAUUGUAAAGUGACUGAACAGUUGUCUUCUCAAGAGAGAUCACAGUGUGAUCGAGAUGAAUGUGUUUGAAAUAUUUGUAUCCUGUUUACAUGGUCUUGGAAUGGAAAAAAUAAAAAGUGGAAACGAAGAAAACAACCCCCCAGCCCAGUGCUGGGGGCAUAUGGGUGGUGGUGGGAGGUGGCAGGGGCAUGGAGGGGCAGUGGGAGCCCCAGUGCAGCUCCAACCCUGCAAGGGCUGCACUGCACCUUCCAGCUCCUGGCCCUCUUCCACGCCACACCCUAUUAAAGAAAAAAAAGAAAGGAGGGAAAAAAAAAAAGGGAAAAAUAAAUUAGUCUUUUGCUAAGAUUUAAUGUUUCUAUGUAUUUUAAUAAUAUAUAAAUAUAUAUCCUGUUUUAUAACAGAACUUAUUUUAAAUAAAGUGUUAAAGCCACUCCUCCUGCGCUGCUGUUACUUCCCUGCAGGGCUCUGCCCCCUGCCCCUCUGGCUGUCGAGGCUGGAGCCCACUGCCCUGAGAGCUGCCAGACCUCAGGUGUGGAGGAGGACAAGCCCCAAGAGAUGACUCUGCUCUCAGGGCUGGGACCUGCCCAGCAGUGCGAAACCUCCCACGGGCUUUGUGCAAGGCGCCUGGGGAGCGUGGUCGCUCUUACUCACCGCAGCCUGAUGGCAGGAAGGGUGAGAACGUGGCCAGCUGCCCUGCCUGCCCUGCGAGCCACAAGCCAAGGAGAA